CUGAAAAAAAUGUUUACUCCAUAGAUAAAAUGCAUUAUUAGACAUUUUGAGAUGAAGAAGAAUACUCAUACCAUGGCGUCCUGCUUCCACCCUUCUGCUAUGGCUACAAACCGCCGCGAAGAAGACUCCAUCAUACUUUUCUCAGCAUCAAACUCUCCUGAUGAGUUCUCCUCAGCCUCCUCUUCAUUUUCAUCUUCACCACUCCCAACCCCUGACCGCUACUCCUUAACCGUCACUAACCUCUCCUACACCAUCCAUCACACCCCAAUACUCAACUCUGUGUCAUUAGCUGCUGAGUCCUCUAAAAUCCUGGCCGUGGUUGGACCGAGUGGAACAGGAAAAUCCACCCUUUUGAAGAUCAUAUCAGGAAGAGUAAACCACAAGGCACUGGAUCCAUCUUCCGGGAUUUUGAUAAACAAUCGUAAAAUCACUGACUACAAUCAGCUACGCAGGGUGUGCGGGUUUGUACCGCAGGACGAUGAUCUGCUGCCUCUGCUUACCGUGAAAGAGACGUUAAUGUAUAGCGCCAAAUUCAGUUUGAGAGAUUCAACGGCUAAGGAAAGAGAAGAAAGAGUUGAGAGCUUGUUGAGUGAUCUAGGUCUUGUUCUUGUCCAAGACAGCUUCGUUGGAGAAGGAGACGAAGAGGAUCGUGGCGUCUCGGGCGGAGAGCGGAAGAGAGUCUCUAUAGCCGUUGAGAUGAUCCGUGACCCACCCAUUCUGCUUCUUGACGAACCAACCUCCGGUUUGGAUAGUCGAAACUCGCUUCAGGUCGUUGAGCUUUUGGCUACUAUGGCUAAAUCCAAACAGAGAACUGUCCUCUUCUCCAUCCAUCAGCCUAGCUAUCGUAUACUUGAUUACAUCUCCGAUUACUUGAUUCUCUCCCGCGGAUCGGUUAUUCACUUUGGGAGUCUUGAACAUCUCGAGGACUCGAUAGCGAAACUAGGGUUUCAGAUUCCAGAACAGCUGAAUCCGAUAGAAUUCGCCAUGGAGAUAGUUGAGUCCUUGAGAGAUUCGAAGCCAGACUCGGUAACCGCCAUAGAAUCAGCAUCCAUCUGGCCUGAAAACAACGAAAACGAUGUGAUUACCGCAAAGAAACAAGAGUUGCGUGUCCUUGACGUCACCGAGAUCUCAUAUCUCUGUUCGAGGUUUUGCAAGAUCAUCUACAGAACAAAGCAACUAUUUCUGGCGCGAACGAUGCAAGCGGUUGUAGCUGGAUUAGGUCUAGGAAGCGUCUACACGAGGCUCAAGCGUGACGAAGAAGGCGUAGCCGAGCGGCUUGGUCUAUUCGCUUUCAGCUUAAGCUUCCUCCUCUCUUCAACAGUCGAAGCACUUCCCAUUUACCUCCGUGAGCGUCGCGUCCUGAUGAAAGAAUCGUCUCGUGGAUCAUACAGGAUCUCAUCCUACAUGAUCGCCAACACUAUUGCCUUCGUACCGUUCCUCUUUGUUGUAUCUCUCCUCUUCUCCAUCCCAGUCUACUGGAUCGUUGGCCUAAACCCGUCGAUGGAAGCCUUCUCCUUCUUCGUCCUCUGCGUCUGGCUCAUCAUCCUCAUGGCUAGUUCUCUGGUGCUCUUCCUCAGCGCAGUUUCUCCUGACUUCAUCUCCGGAAACUCGCUCAUCUGCACCGUUCUUGGAGCUUUCUUUCUCUUCUCCGGAUACUUUAUCCCCAAAGAGAAGAUCCCUAAACCAUGGAUGUUCAUGUACUACGUGUCGCUGUACCGUUACCCGCUGGAGUCGAUGGUGGUGAACGAGUACUGGAGCAUGCGAACAGAGUGCUUCUCUGGUGGGGACUCGGGCUGCUUGAUGACCGGAGAGGAUGUGUUGAAGAAGAGAGGGCUUGACAAGGACACGAGGUGGAUCAAUGUCGGGAUCAUGCUUGCCUUCUUCGUGUUUUAUCGAAUCCUCUGCUGGGGGAUUCUACUCAGAAAGGCUUCCAAGUCAACCCAUUAAUGAUUUCACUGUACAAUGCAUUUAUUUACUGUAUAUCGUGUCCAAAGAUACAGUUUUAACAGUCUUUCAGAUAUGUAUACUACUUCUUUGACAGUUUCUGACAUGGGUUUGGUCAAGAACAAUUUGUAGGCAAAACUGGCAUAUUACAGGUUUCAAAUGCAAAGAAAGCUAAACUUAUGUAUGUGUUCAAGUUCUGUUCUAUGCUCUUUUUACUUGGGAGUAGUAAACUUUAGAUUUUCAACAAGGAUAGGUACUCUUAUAUGAUUGGUUUGUAAAAGCGUCUCACAUACUCAGGAAGGACAAGCAUUUCAAAUGUUUUCAAAAACAAAUCAUGUUUCAUUUAACACAUGUCCCUUUUUAUUCAUUACCAAUUGCAAAGGUCUCGCACACCUUAUGAUGAUGGUUCCACUUAAGACUGACACAGCAAAACAGAGAAAAGUUUGAGACAGACAUAGAACCAAGCUGAGGAAAAGCAAAGCAAAACAAUCCAAGAGAGAAACAUAGCUGCAAGAGGACGGACAGCUAACAACAUUCAUACGCCAAAAGAAAGACAAAAGAAAAAAAAAA